UCGCGUUUUGCAUUUUUGAUAUUUGUCAUCCAUGGAGUUGACCGAACAGAGGAUUGCCAAUGGCAAUGAGUUGUACAAGGAGGGUCGGUAUGUCGACGCGCGACGUGAGUAUUCUGCCGCGAUCCGUGAAUUGGAUGACGCAGCAGAAGCAUCACCACUUGUCAUGAGUCGCAUCCUUGCGAACCGAGCGCAAACGUAUCUCCAGGAGCGCGAAUAUGCGCUGGCGUUCAAGGAUGCCGACGCCGCGGUGGAGAACGAUCCGUUGAACGUCAAGGCACACAUGCGUCGUGUGAUUGCGUGUGAGAACUUGGAGAAGUUCGAUGCCGCGCUGAAGCACGUCCGGCACAUGCUCACGUUGUCGCUGGACUCGCCCACAUUGACGUACGCCUUGACCACGCAAAGCCGUUUAAAGCGCAACUGCAAGUCGGACGCCGCCGCGGCCAAAGCCGAACGGUAUGAAGUCGGGAAGCUCGUGCACAGCCAGCAAUCGCUCCGUCUCAACUUUGGCAGCAUGCUGCCGUCGCACCUGCCGGUCGGCGACUGGAUCGACGUGGUGUUCUUCGUCGCCAACGAGUUCGGACUGUUUCAGCGAGGGCUGCUGCCAUCAUCUGUACCGCUCACCGUCUCCAUCCAUGGCUUCUCGUCAACAGGUCUCAAUGUAGCGCUGGAAAUCGACUCAAAGUCGUUGCCCGUGGAGGUCGGCGUGAACGGCAAGGCGGCGGCGCGGCUUCGCAUUGUCCCGUCGUCUUCCGUCGACCAAGCCAGCGGAACAUUAGCAGCAUCGCGCUUCUCCCUUCGCGCCGACUUGGCCAAAGGCCAUCACGUGGACGACGUGCUUCCCGUCGUGUCGUUGCCCAUCCAAGCGAUUCCCACGACCUCGACCAUCUUGUUCGAGUACGAAAACGAUCCGCUGGGCAUUCAAUGCUGCCGUAGUGUGUGGGUGGAGGGUGUCGACCGAUUUAUUACGUUGGCGGAAUCUCCUGGCAACCUCGGUAUUGGCGGCAAGUUGUGGGAUUCGAGCUUGAUCUUGACGGCGUACUUGGCAGCCCAUCCCGCGGUCGUGUCGGGAAAGCAUGUGAUUGAGCUUGGCAGUGGCCUUGGCCUCGUCGGACUUGCAUGCGCGUCGCUACCGGCAGUGGCGUCAGUCGUGCUCACCGACAUCGACGACGUGGUGCCGCUGCUGGAGUACAACGUGCGCCUAAACGACCUGAGUGACAAAGCAUCUGUCAAACCGUUGUGGUGGGGGACGUCCAUUGAGCACUUGUUCAACGCUCCGUAUGAUGUCGUGCUCCUGUCGGAUGUAGUGUACGAUCCAUUCGGGUACAUGAAACAACACCCCGGAACAAGGGAAUCGACAUAACGACUGAAUGAUGCAUGCGUCGUCAUUUGUAGAUACAAACCCCUAGUGGCGUCCCUGCGCGACCUCACAAGUCCAGACACCACCAUCCUCAUGGGCCAUCGAUCCCGGCAUCCGCAAGAAAAGCAGUUCUUUGACAGUCUCCAACUCGAGUUUACAUUGACUUCGAUUCCUCUCGACGAGUCGUCGGCUGUAUGGGCGCAUCCAUCGCGCAUGGCGGAUGUCAAGCUCUUCUCCAUUCGAAAGAAUGCCUGACAUGUCGCCACGGCCACGUGCCCGAUUCUACAAGUAACGUUAUUACCCUACUGGAACGCUACGCCUUUAUAAUGUAACAUAUUUGUUAUAACAAUGAAAAUCAUGUUG